AUCCGGUGUCUCCCCUCGCACAGUCUCGCAUCUCGACAUCUCGAUCCCCCGGACGCUUUUGUAUACGCGAUCAAAUAAACGAUGCCCAUUAUUGGAUGCACCAAGGAGGACAACUGCAGGAGAGACGCAUUUCUGAGAUCUAGAUUGGCGAAUUCCGAACAACGCGCCGCAGGGAAACCACAUGAAGAAGGGAGUAAGGGGAGUAAUUCGAAAAAGCUCGAGAAGGAGAAGAAGAUGAACGAGAAGGAAGAGGAGGUAGCGGCGGUUUUAUCCGGCGUCCCCGUGAACCCGGAUUCGCCUGGAAAUCCCAACGCGCGUCACGCAACCGGAGGUAAACACCUGGGCGAGCGAGCAGCUGCUGCGGAGCCGUCCGCAGUUGCGCAGAAGGAUCGCGUCGAGAUCCCGCGAACGGCGACGAGCGUUCCCGAGACACUUGUCCAGGCUGGCGGACAAGCCGAUGUCCCAGAACCGUCGGUCGGCGGUCGGGAAACGGGAUUCGAGAAUCAACGGGCACCUCGGGAAAUCCCGGACAACGGAGCUCCGUGGGAGCCGAGAGACGAUGCGGUCUGAAGGCAGCCCGCCGUCGAGCAGGGCAAAAAGCCGAAAGGAAAAUUAACGCUUUAACGCUAACUCGGUAUUCUCUCUGCCGCUUCGACGACCUCAGGCGAGCUGAGGCGAGCCGAGGCGAGCGGGACUCCUUAACUCGCCGGAUGAUCGAGGUUCCCACUUGAGUUUCAAAUAACUUACCUUCCUUUUAACCCUUCUCUCCGUUUGCUUAUUUGUUUCCCUUCUCUUGUAGCGAGCCACGGAAUUACGAGGCGCUCGCGUAAUACGGCAAAUCCCAACGUAACGAUUCGGUCCGCGGCCCCGUACAUGCUAAUCUCCUAAUUAAAACGUGAAGUUAGAUUAGACCCCCGGUCUCCUUGUUUUUACUUUUGCUAC